CGGCAGUAGCAGUAGCUGGGGUUGGCUGGUGGGGGGAGGGGGAAGCUCGGUCAGUGCCGCCGCGGCUGAGGUGGAGGAACGUCAACAGCAGCAGCAGAUCCGCCGCCAGCGCCAUGGUAGCUCAACAGAAGAACCUUGAAGGAUAUGUGGGGUUUGCAAAUCUCCCAAAUCAAGUUUACAGAAAGUCUGUGAAGAGAGGGUUUGAAUUCACGCUCAUGGUAGUAGGUGAAUCUGGAUUGGGAAAAUCAACAUUAAUCAACUCGUUAUUCUUAACAGACUUGUAUUCCCCGGACUAUCCAGGUCCUUCACAUAGAAUUAAAAAGACUGUACAGGUUGAACAGUCAAAAGUUUUAAUCAAAGAAGGUGGUGUUCAGUUACUACUCACAAUAGUUGACACACCAGGAUUUGGAGAUGCAGUGGAUAAUAGCAAUUGUUGGCAGCCUGUUAUUGACUACAUUGACAGUAAGUUUGAAGACUACCUGAAUGCAGAAUCUCGUGUGAAUCGACGUCAGAUGCCAGAUAAUAGGGUGCAGUGUUGUUUAUACUUCAUUGCUCCUUCAGGACAUGGACUUAAGCCUUUGGAUAUUGAGUUUAUGAAGCGCCUGCAUGAAAAAGUCAAUAUCAUUCCACUUAUUGCCAAAGCAGACACACUUACACCUGAGGAAUGCCAACAAUUUAAAAAACAGAUUAUGAAAGAAAUCCAAGAGCACAAAAUUAAAAUAUACGAAUUUCCAGAAACAGAUGAUGAAGAAGAAAAUAAGCUGGUUAAAAAGAUAAAGGACCGUUUACCUCUUGCUGUGGUAGGUAGUAAUACUAUCAUUGAAGUCAAUGGCAAGAGAGUCAGAGGAAGGCAAUAUCCUUGGGGUGUUGCGGAAGUUGAAAAUGGUGAACACUGUGACUUCACAAUUCUAAGGAACAUGUUGAUAAGAACUCACAUGCAGGACCUGAAGGAUGUCACUAACAACGUACACUAUGAGAACUACAGGAGCAGAAAAUUGGCAGCUGUUACGUACAAUGGAGUUGACAACAACAAAAACAAAGGGCAGCUAACUAAAUUUGACACAGUUGAAGGCAUGAGCCCUCUGGCACAGAUGGAAGAAGAGAGAAGAGAGCAUGUGGCCAAAAUGAAAAAAAUGGAGAUGGAAAUGGAGCAGGUCUUUGAAAUGAAGGUCAAAGAAAAAGUUCAGAAACUGAAGGACUCUGAAGCUGAGCUCCAACGACGCCAUGAGCAAAUGAAAAAGAACUUGGAGGCGCAGCAUAAAGAAUUAGAGGAAAAGCGCCGCCAGUUUGAGGAUGAGAAAGCGAACUGGGAAACUCAACAGCGUAUUUUGGAACAACAGAAUUCUUCCAGAACCUUGGAAAAGAACAAGAAGAAAGGGAAGAUCUUUUAAAUACAUCUAUUGACCACCAGUUAUGUAUUAGUUGCCAAUAUGCCAGCCUGGACAUCAGUGUUCGUUGGAUCCGUUUGACCAAUUUUGCACCAGUUGUAUCCAUAACAAUGGAUUUAACAGCAUGACAAAUUUUUUGUUAAUUUUGAUGGAGAUUGAGAUGCCUUGAAUUGUCUAGGAUGUUGUGUACUUGGAAAAAUAACAGCUCUAAGUACUUUUUC